CAAUGAUUUUGUUGUUGCUGGCUUGUGGGUGUCGAAGCAGUGUCGCGGCGCAAUGUUGGAAGUGGUUUUUGGGUAAACAAAAUCCGUUGAUAAGAUAUUUGCACGGAGUUAAUCGCGGAUCGCGCGUCGUAUUAACCGUUGGCAAGCCAGAAAAAAGUUCAGCAUAGCAUUGCGGCUUAAAGCCAGGCUCAAAAUUCCUGCGAGCGCGCUUGUGUGUGUGCGUUUUUGCCGUCGGUGUGCCAAAAGGGCGCAGCAUCUUCGCUCUCUAUCUUGGCGCUGCAUCUCGCUCUCUCGUUCGCUAACGCGAGUUUUGCAACUCCGUUUACCGUUCAUCGUUUAUUGUGUGUAAACAGCAGGUGAAAAUAAAACGCGAUAAGUGCGGAGAAACAGGAGAAGGAGGAGAAAGAGCAGCAAGAAGAAGCAGCAACUCCGCGCAGCCCAACAAAAAGUGACGUAUUAAAAAGGUUGCUAAUUACAAAAGGCGAGGAAUGGAGCUGGAGCCGCGCGUGGCCAUACUGCAGGACCUGCGCCUGCAGACCUUCGACUCCAUUCGUUUUGCCUCCUACCGCACCGCCUCCAAGCUGCGCUACAUACAGAAGUCCACAAAUCUGCACUUGGUGGACAUAUGGAAUGUGAUCGAAGCCUUUCGCGAGAAUGGCCUGAACACCCUGGAGCCGCAGAGCGAAGUGAGCGUGGCCAGGCUGGAAACCCUGGUCUCCUCCCUCUACCAUAACCUCAACAAGCGCCUGCCCACCGCUCAGCAGGUGCCCGUGGACUCGAAGGCGGGUCUACUGCUCAACUGGCUGCUGGCCGCGUACACAAGUGAUAACUCGGGCAAGAUACGCGUUUUCUCCAUCAAAGUGGCCCUGGCCACUAUGUGCUCUGGCAAGCUGGUGGACAAACUAAGAUAUAUAUUCUCUCAGAUCUCGGAUGGCGCUGGACAGCUGGUGGCCUGGAAGCUGGGCGAGUUCCUGCGCGAAGUGCUGGCCCUGCCGGCGGCCGUGUACGAGUCGCCCACAUUCCACUACAAGGAGGGGCUCGAGGAGGAGAUCUUCCCGGCCGAGAAUAAGGUGACGGUGAACGACUUUAUGGCCACGCUGAUGUCCGAGCCGGGGCCGUCCUGCCUCGUCUGGCUGCCGCUGGUGCACCGGCUGGCCACCGUGGAGACCAUUGUGCAUCCGACUGUCUGCUCUGUUUGCCACAAGGAAAACUUCACCGGGUUUCGUUAUCGCUGUCAGCGGUGUCACGCCUACCAGUUGUGUCAGGAGUGCUUCUGGCACGGCAAGACAUCGCUGAAUCACCAGAACGAUCACGAGGUCAAGGAGUACUCGAGCUACAAGUCGCCUAGCAAACAGAUCGGUCACUCGCUGCGCAAGAGCUUCCGCUGUGUGCCCGAGAAGACGGUGCAGGUGCUCCCCCGCUUCCCCGACCAGCCGGAGAAGACGCUCAACCUGUCGCACAUCGUGCCGCCCUCGCCGCUGCCCUCGCACAACGGCUUCUCGGACCCCUCGGGCCUCGUACAUGGCCACCACGGCCCGCAUCCGGGUCUCCCGGGCCAGCACGGCCUUUUCGAUCGCUCCAGCACGCUCGACUCGCGGGCCACAGGUCGCAGUCUGGACAGCGCCAGCGGCACGGCCGGCACAACCAUGUCUCGCGUGGCCGCCGCAUCUGCCAACGACGAGGAGCACCGCCUGAUUGCCCGCUAUGCCGCCAGAUUGGCCCAGGAAAACCGAGCGCCAUCCAACUUGCCCGACAAUGCCACACCAAUUGGCACAGAUAACUCGCGAGCCCAACGCGAGCUAAUUGCCCAACUGGAGUCAAAGAACAAGGAGAUAAUGCGGGAGAUAGCGCGCCUGAGGCGUCAGCAGGAGACGGAGCAGAUGGCGCCAGAGAAUCCGGCGCUAAUCAAUGAACUGCGUGCUCUACGGCAGCGGAAAGGAGAACUAGAGGGCCACCUGGGUGCCCUGCAGGAUUCGCGACGACAGCUAAUGGAGCAACUGGAGGGACUGAUGCGAAUGCUAAAGAACCAGCAGACAGCAUCGCCUCGCUCCACGCCCAACUCGAGUCCUCGUUCCGGUAAAUCCCCACCAAUGCCCGGCGGAGCUGGUAUCCUGGGCACCUCCCCCAUGAGUGCCCUGCACGCCCAGCAGAUGCAGCAACAUCCGAUGGCCGGAGGAGUCAGAGCCAGCCAGCAGCAACUCCUCCAACAGCAACAGCAGCAGCAGGCUCAUGGCCACGGGCCAUUUAGCCAGAGCCAACUGGAGCAGCUCAACCAGAUUAGCAGCGAUAUGCGCAGCGCCUUCGCCGCCAACGGAAGUGCAACGCCACCGCCAAUGCGCACCACCACUGCCACUGCCAAUGUCAGUGCCAUUCCCAGCCUCAAUCCGAUUCCGAAUCAGAAUCAGAAUCCGAAUCCGCAUCUGAAUCCCGACGCGGAGCUCAAUGAGGCUGCCGAUCAUCUAACGUCGGCCAUUUCGCACAUGGUCAGCGACCUGAACGCAGGACGGGGAAGGGCACAGCAGCUGGGUCCCCAGCCGGCGAGCUCCCUGCCGCAGGCUCGCUUCAUCAUGCCACUGGAAUUCCGACACAUCGAGGGUGGCGAGUCCGAGGACUCGAGUCAGUGCGAGUGCAACGAUUGCGAGUGCGGGGAGUACGAGGAGGUGUUCCGCACCGACGAGGACCUCGAGUGCGAGGGAGCUGCAGCUCCAUACACCGUGUACCCUAGUAGCGGCGUUCACGAGGAGGACCACUUUGAUUACACUUUCGGGCAGGGCGAGGAGCUGUCCCAGGUGAACCGCAUCCUGGGCUAUCGCAACCACCCGGAACUGUUCAUCGACGAUGAGCAUGCCGGUUUCCCGGCGCUGCACGAGAUCGGUGAGACAAUCGAUGAACUGCAGUUGAUCAUGCACGCUUAUAUCAUGAAGUAUAGUCUGAAUAUAUAAAGUGUUCGUCGUAGGUUAUAUACUCUGCGAUCAGAUUUCGACGAAUCUCAAUCGUAUAACCAAGAGUGGAAUGAAAAGGCAAAUGCGAAUAGCCAAUGGCAGGA